CCUUCCGCGAUAUCGCGCCAUUUCGGCUCCUCCUUCCCUCCCGAUCGUCAGGGGCGAGAGUCCACCCCCACCCCCUCCACCCCUAUCUCUCUUUCCUCCUCCGUUUGCUCGUUCCCGUCUUCCUCUCUGAAACAAACUAUCGUCAGGGGGAUGUGAAGCUCGGUACAUGGACAUAGAACCCUAGGAAAGUAUAAAAAUCAUGGAGGCGGAUGAUGACAGUGCGAUUAUGCCGGCCGAAACCGGCCAUUCGCCCGUGAGAUCUGGAAAUCUGACCAAGUUGCUAGAUGCGCGGGAUGAAGAGGAUCAAUUCGAGCAGGUUUCACUGAAAGAUCAGGAAAGGAGUGCCGCUGAAUCGAGGGAGAAGGGUGGUUCAAUGCGAUCUUCUGGGUCAGACGCAGUUAGCCAGUUUUCUGGAAUCGAUGAAGCUUCCGGUUCUCCUUCCAUCCGACUGGCAGAAUUGAACUCGUCAAUGACUAACGCACAAGAUGAUCUUGGCUCUAGUCCAGGGUCGGCAAAGCAUCCUGGUGGGAUGUUAAAGUCUGUGUCCUCUGUGAGUGUUGAUUCUGCAUCUUCUCAGGCUGGAGACAGUGGAUCUCCACUAUAUUCACCACCGAAGGUAAGGGCGAGGCCUGCAAUACCCGAUGUCUCGCCGGAGCUGGUGCACUUGGUAGAGACAGCGAUACAGGGGGAUGCAGACAGCUUAGAGAAGCUUAGAGAAACUGUUUCUGGUGAAGAAUCUGUCAUGAGAGAAGAAGAGGUUGUUGGAAUCUCACGACUGGUAGUGGAUGUGCUUCUUGCAACUAUGGGUGGCGUUGAAGGUUUUGAUGACAGUGGAGAUGGUAACCCUCCUAGCAUAAUGCUGAAUGGUAGGGCAGCAGUAGUGGCAGGUCAAUUAAUCCCCUGGCUUCCUUGCGAGGGAGAUUCUGCUAGUUACAUGUCACCAAGGACUAGGAUGGUAAAAGGACUGUUCCUGAUAUUGAAGGCUUGUGCCAGGAAUAGAACGAUGUGCUCAAAUGAGUCUCUGCUAGGCAUUCUUUUAUCAGCCGCAGAGAUAGUUUUCAUGCAAGAAAGUAACAAACUUGAGCAAGAGAAGACGUGGGAUGCUAGCUGGUUGUGUAGAUGUCUUCAGUUGCUAGGGCAGCAUUCACUUCGUGUCCCUGAACUGCGUAGAUGGCUUGAGGUGGUUACAAAUACAGUAACCACAUGUUGGGCAUCGCAUCUGAUGCUGGCUUUAGAGAAGGCCAUUGGGGGCCGAGAACUGAGAGGCCCAUCUUGCACAUUUGAGUUUGACGGAGAGAGCUCUGGUUUACUUGGGCCAGGUGAAAGCCGUUGGCCAUUCUCUAAUGGUUAUGCAUUCGCAACGUGGCUCUAUAUUGAGUCAUUUGCUGAUACCGUAAACACUGCAACGGCUGCAGCAGCAAUUGCUGCUGCUGCUGCUGCUAAAUCUGGCAAAUCAUCAGCUAUGUCUGCUGCAGCUGCUGCAAGUGCUCUUGCAGGGGAAGGUACUGCACAUAUGCCACGGUUAUAUAGUUUUCUCUCUGCCGAUAAUCAGGGAGUUGAAGCAUAUUUUCAUGGACAAUUUUUGGUGGUUGAAAGUGGGGCUGGAAAGGGUAAAAAGGCCUCGUUGCAUUUCACGCAUGCUUUCAAACCACAGUGCUGGUAUUUUGUAGGUCUAGAGCAUACAUACAAACAGAGCCUUCUUGGCAAAGCUGAAAGUGAACUGAGACUGUAUGUGGAUGGAACAUUGUACGAAAGCCGUCCCUUUGAGUUCCCUAGGAUUUCCAAGCCUCUUGCUUUUUGUUGCAUUGGUACAAAUCCUCCACCUACAAUGGCUGGCUUGCAGCGCCGACGCCGUCAGUGCCCUCUGUUUGCUGAGAUGGGGCCUGUAUACAUUUUUAAGGAACCUAUUGGACCAGAGAGAAUGGCUCGCAUAGCUUCCAGGGGAGGAGAUGUGCUGCCUUCUUUUGGCCAUGGUGCAGGCGCACCAUGGCUUGCAACCAACGAAUGUUCAAGAACUUUGGCAGAAGAAAGUUAUCUCUUGGAUGCAGAGAUAGGAGGAAAGCUGCAUCUUCUUUAUCAUCCUAAGCUGCUGAGUGGGCGGUUCUGCCCUGAUGCUUCUCCUACUGGUGCCACAGGUAUCCAUAGAAGGCCUGCUGAAGUACUGGGACAGGUUUAUGUUGCCUCUCGAGUCCGCCCAUCAGAGUCACUCUGGGCAAUGGCUGAAGGAGGCCCAAUGUGCUUGUUGCCACUAGCAGUCAGCAAAGCUCAACUUGAUACUCUGAAACCACAACACGGGAGUGUGGAUUUAUCUGUUGCUACAGCCGCACUUUCUUCUCCAAUAUUAAGAAUCAUAUCCCUUGCCAUUCAGCAUCAUGGAAACAAUGAAGAGCUUUGUCGUGCCCAUGGGCCAGAGGUUUUAGCUGUUUUACUGAGAUACCUUCUGGAAACGUUAUCCUCUUUGGAUGUUGGCCAACAAAGUGGAGUAAAGGAUGAGGAACUUGUAGCAGCCGUUGUGUCUCUCUGUCAAGCACAGAAAAGCAAUCCUGCACUUAAAGUGCAGCUAUUUCAUAGUUUGCUACUAGAUUUAAGGAUGUGGAGUUUGUGCAGUUAUGGAAUCCAGAAGAAGCUGCUAUCUUCUCUAGCAGAUAUGGUGUUCUCUGAGUCAUCAGCAAUGAGGGAAGCUAAUGCUGUGCAGAUGCUUUUGGAUGGUUGCAGAAGAUGCUACUGGACUAUCCGUGAACCAGAUUCUAUUGAUACAUUUUCAUUGCGAGGAGCUCCACGACCAAUGGGCGAAGUCAAUGCACUUGUUGAUGAGCUCUUAGUGGUUAUUGAACUGCUAGUUGGAGCAUCGUCUGCUUCCAAGGCUGUAGAUGAUGUCCGCUGUUUGAUAGGAUUUCUUGUUGACUGUCCACAGGCAAAUCAGGUUGCCAGGGUAUUGCACCUUUUCUACAGAUUGAUUGUUCAGCCAAAUGCAAAUAGAGCUCACUUGUUUGCAGAGUCAUUUAUUUCAUGUGGUGGCAUAGAGACACUUCUUGUUCUUCUGCAGAGGGAAGCUAAAACUGGUGAUCACGUUAAGUCUAGUAUAUCAAGCUGCAAUGGUUCUGAAAGGAAGAUGGAUAAGGAGUCAGUACUUGAGGAUAGUGGUUCUCAGCAUGAAUUAAGGGAUGCUCCUGCUGAUCUUGCUGAGGAAGUAGAAUCUGUGAGUCAUGAUGGACUUAAUGUAAAAUCCUUCAGCAGCGAAAGGUGCUCCCCCAAGAUUUCUGUGGAUUCCAAAAUUGAGAGAAUGGCAUCUGUUUCUGAAAGUUUGUUAAUGAGGAAUUUGGGUGGCAUAAGCUUUUCAAUAAGUGCAGAUAGUGCUAGAAACAAUGUGUAUAAUGUUGAUAAUGAUGAUGGCAUAGUUGUUGGGGUUAUCAGCCUUUUGGGAGCACUGGUGACAUCAGGCCAAAUAAAACUUGCUGGUUGUUUUACUUCUUCAACAAUUCCAAACAACACCGUAGGAAAUGAACUGCCUUAUGAAGGCACAAACAUGUUUGCAGAUAAAGUGUCUCUUCUUCUAUUUGCAUUACAGAAGGCAUUUCAAGCAGCACCACAGAGGCUGAUGACUGCCAACAUAUAUACAACUUUGCUUGGUGUUACGAUUAAUGCAUCUUCAUCUGAUGAUGGCUUAAACCUUUAUGAUUCUGGACAUCGUUUUGAACAUGUUCUGCUUUUGUUGGUUCUCCUCCGUUCUCUUCCAUUUGCUUCAAGAGCACUCCAAGCUCGAGCGAUACAGGAUCUUCUCUUUUUGGCUUGCAGUCAUCCAGAAAACAGGAGCUGUCUUACCAGUAUGGAAGAGUGGCCUGAGUGGAUUUUGGAGGUCCUUAUCUCGAAUUAUGAGGCUGGUUCAAGCAAAGAUUCUGAUGGUGUUAGCCUUUCGGACAUUGAAGAUCUUGUGCACAAUUUCCUGAUCAUUAUGCUGGAGCACUCAAUGCGUCAAAAGGAUGGUUGGAAGGACAUUGAAGCUACAUUACAUUGCGCGGAGUGGCUCUCCAUGGUUGGAGGAUCUAGUACUGGUGACCAGCGUAUCAGACGCGAAGAAUCUCUUCCUAUCUUCAAGCGGAGACUUCUGGGUGGCUUACUUGACUUUGCUGCUAGAGAGCUUCAAGUCCAGACUCAAGUUAUUGCCGCUGCAGCUGCUGGUGUUGCAUCUGAGGGUUUGUCACCACAAGUGGCAAAAGCUGAGGCAGAGUCUGCUGCACAGCUCUCUGUAGCUUUGGCCGAAAAUUCAAUUGUAAUUCUAAUGCUCGUUGAGGACCACUUGCGAUUACAAAGUCAGCUGUUUAAUUCUUCACGAUCUGUGGAUGGUUUGUCCUCGCCUGCCUCAAUUGGUUUGUCCAGUAGUAGUCGAUCAAAUUCUUUGGUGAAAUCAGCUGUAGAAUCUCCAGAAACUGGUAGCUCUCGACGUCAGUCAUUGUCAAGUGAUGCUGGUGGCCUUUCUCUUGAUGUUCUAGCUUCAAUGGCUGAUGCCAAUGGGCAAAUCUCUGCAGCAGUAAUGGAGCGGCUUACUGCAGCAGCUGCUGCUGAACCUUAUGAAUCUGUUCGAUGUGCUUUUGUUUCUUAUGGCAGCUGUGCUUUAGAUUUAGCUGAGGGUUGGAAGUAUAGGAGCCGUCUGUGGUAUGGUGUAGGUUUCUCGUCCAAAAACUCUACCUUUGGUGGAGGGGCCAGCGGUUGGGACUCCUGGAUGUCUGCUUUAGAAAAGGACUCUAAUGGAAAUUGGAUUGAACUUCCUUUAGUAAAAAAGUCAAUCACUAUGCUUCAAGCCUUACUGUUAGAUGAGUCUGGCCUUGGUGGUGGGCUAGGUAUAGGAGGUGGUUCUGGUACUGGGAUGGGAGGCAUGACUGCAUUGUACCAGUUAUUGGAUAGCGACCAGCCAUUUCUGUGCAUGCUUCGGAUGGUUCUUGUUUCCAUGAGAGAAGAAGACAAUGGGGAAGAAGGCAUUUUAGUAAGGACCACCAUCAACAAAGAUGAAAUAUCAGAGAGUUCGUAUUGGCAAGGUGGUCAUGGUACACCAUCAGAGAACAUUAGCCGUCUUCCAUCACGAAAACCAAGAUCUGCUUUGCUCUGGAGCGUUUUAUCACCUGUCCUAAACAUGCCAAUCUCAGAGUCAAAGCGGCAGAGGGUAUUGGUUGCGUCCUGCAUUCUCUACUCAGAGGUAUACCAUGCAGUUGGCAGGGAUAAAAGACCUCUUCGUAAACAGUAUUUGGAGUUAAUAUUACCACCUUUUGUUGCAAUCUUAAGACGUUGGAGGCCUCUUUUGGCUGGAAUCCACGAGCUAACAUCGUCAGAUGGGGUGAAUCCCCUAAUUGUUGAUGAUCGUGCACUGGCAGCAGAUGCUUUGCCUGUUGAGGCUUCCCUUGCAAUGAUUUCACCAGGAUGGGCUGCUGCUUUUGCGUCACCACCUGCUGCAAUGGCCUUGGCAAUGAUAGCAGCUGGUGCUGCUGGUACGGAAACAGCCCCACCUGUUAGGAACACCCACCUUAGACGUGACUCCUCUUUGCUUGAGCGCAAAACUGUGCGGCUUCAGACAUUUGCAAGCUUUCAAAAGCCUUUGGAGGGGGCUGCAAAGUCUCCUGCAAUUCCGAAAGAUCGAGCUGCAGCAAAAGCUGCUGCACUGGCUGCAGCUCGUGAUCUUGAGAGGAAUGCGAAGAUUGGUUCUGGAAGAGGUCUUAGUGCUGUUGCGAUGGCCACAUCAGCACAAAGGAGAAGUAUAGGGGAUAUGGAUAGGGUGAAAAGGUGGAACAUUUCUGAUGCUAUGGGUACCGCUUGGACGGAAUGUCUACAAUCUGCUGAUACAAAGGGGAUUUCUGGGAAGGAUCAUUCAGCUCUUUCCUAUAAAUAUGUAGCAGUCCUUGUUGCAGCUUUUGCUUUGGCAAGAAACGUGCAGCGGGUUGAGGUUGAUAGGCGUUCACAAGUUGUUAGUAUAGACCAGCAUCAUGCUUCUGUUGGCACUCGUGCAUGGCGCAGGCUUAUUCAUUGCCUUAUCGAGAUCAAUGCACUGUUUGGGCCUCUAAGAGCCAGCCUAUGCGGCAAUGACAAGGUGUUUUGGAAGUUGGAUUUUAUGGAAAGUUCUUCUCGAAUGAGAAGAUGCUUAAGAAGAAAUUAUCGUGGAUCUAAGCACAUUGGUGCAGCUGCAAAUUUUGAACAUAUUUCAAUGAGACCUGAUCAGGAGCAGCCUAUCGAUCAUAGAAAUGAUGCAGAAGCCUCACUGUCUGGUGUUCUUCCUUCUAGUGCUUCGAUUCUUGUGCCUGAGGCUUUGUUACUUGAAGGUGGCAAUGAAGAUGAUGAUCGGGACGAAGCUGAUGACAUCGAAGAUAGGAAGAGUGGAGGGGAAGAAGUGAAGGGUCAUCACGAUCAGCCUACUAUAGUUGCUGAGGCACCUAUUCAGAAUCCUGUGGACCAUGGUGUUGCUGAAGUCUCUGAAGCACAUCAAAGACAAAGCACUUCUUCCACUGCUGGGCACAUGCUGAGUGAAUCAGAUGAAAGAAUCGUUGUCGAAUUUUCUUCAUCAAUGGUGCGUCCUCUACGAGUCAUACGAGGAACCUUUCAGGUAACUACAAAGAGGAUAAACUUCAUAGUUGAUAAAUUAGUUGAUGAAGUCUCUUCAAACAAUGGAGUAAGUGCCAAGGCAGAGAACAACAGUCAGGAAAAGGAUUGGACUUGGCCUAUGUCCUCUCUUCAUCAAGUUUUUAGUAGAAGAUACCUUUUGCGGAGGAGUGCGCUGGAGUUGUUUAUGACCGACCAGUCAAAUUUCUUUUUUGAUUUUGGGACUGCUGAAGGACGCAGAAAUGCAUAUAGAGCAAUUGUUCAAGCCCGGCCACCUCAUCUAAAUAACAUAUAUUUGGCAACACAGAGACCAGAACAGCUGCUCAAGAGAACUCAGCUUAUGGAACGUUGGUCUAGGUGGGAGAUUAGCAAUUUUGAGUAUCUAAUGCAACUAAAUACUCUUGCUGGGCGGAGUUAUAAUGACAUCACUCAGUAUCCUGUUUUCCCUUGGAUUCUUGCGGACUACAGUUCAAAGAAUUUAGAUUUGGAUGAUCCAUCUUCAUACAGGGAUCUUUCAAAGCCCAUUGGUGCUCUGAAUGCUGAACGCUUGGAAAAAUUUCUAGAAAGAUACUCCAGCUUUGAUGAUCCAAUUAUCCCAAAAUUCCACUAUGGCUCACAUUAUUCUAGUGCUGGAACCGUCUUAUACUAUCUUGUUCGUGUUGAGCCUUUUACAACUCUUUCAAUUCAACUGCAAGGUGGGAAAUUUGACCAUGCUGAUCGGAUGUUCUCAGACAUAGCUGCUACUUGGAAUGGCGUUCAAGAGGACAUGAGUGAUGUGAAAGAGUUGGUUCCUGAGCUAUUUUACCUCCCUGAAGCUCUAACUAAUGAGAAUCAGGUUGAUUUUGGGACAACUCAACUUGGAGGGAAGCUUGAUACUGUGCAACUUCCACCUUGGGCCAAGACUCCAGUUGAUUUUAUACAUAAACAUCGGAAGGCUUUAGAGAGUGAGCAUGUGUCCAACCACCUGCAUGAAUGGAUUGAUCUCAUAUUUGGGUACAAGCAAAGAGGAAAAGAAGCUAUUGCAGCUAAUAAUGUUUUCUUCUACAUCACCUAUGAAGGAGCUGUUGAUAUUGAUAAGAUUACUGAUCCUGUACUCCGACAGGCAACACAAGACCAGAUCGCAUACUUUGGGCAGACACCUUCUCAACUUUUAGCCAUUCCACACGUGAGAAAGAGGCCUCUGGCAGAGGCUUUACAUCUGCAGACAAUCUUCCGGAAUCCCACGGAGCUCAGGCAGUAUGUGAUUCCAAAUCCUGAGCGUUGCAAUGUGCCUGCUGCUGCUAUUUCUGCUUCUCCUGAUUCUAUCUUAAUUACUGACUCAAAUGCUCCCGCCUUACAUGUUGCUUUGCACAAGUGGCAACCAAAUACACCUGAUGGCCAGGGCAUGCCGUUUCUUUUUCAACAUGGGAAGGGUAUAGGUAGCUCAGGUGGUGGAGCAUUCAUGCGCAUGUUCAAGGGGCAGCCUGGAUCUGGUUCCGAUGACUGGCAAUUCCCACGGGCAUUAGCUUUCCCUAUUUCUGGAAUUAGAAGUGCUGCAGUGGUUGCUAUUACUUCUGAUAAUUAUGUUGUCACAGGUGGACAUGCAGAUAAUACAGUGAAGUUGAUAUCGGCUGAUGGAGCCAAAACGAUUGAGAGUGCAGCAGGUCACUGUGCCCCAGUUACAUGCCUUGCAGUUUCCCCUAAUGGCAAUAAUCUUGUUACUGGAUCUCGCGAUGCGACAUUAAUCCUUUGGUGGUUACACAAGGCUACAUUAUCACGUUCAAGCAAUAUUUCUGAGCCCUCAACAGCUCCUACAACACCAACCAGUCCUUUGAGUGGUGCAAGCGUGGCCAUUGAAAGCAGCAGGAAGCGAUUCAUUGAAGGCCCUAUAUAUGUUCUGCGAGGGCAUAUCAGUGAGGUGAUAUGCUGUUGUGUCAAUUCUGAUAUUGGCAUUGCUGUUUCUUGCUCCCAAGCUCCAGGAGUCCUUCUGCAUUCUAUUAGGAGAGGAAGAUUACUGCGGAAGCUGGAGGUUUCUGUAGCACAUGCUGUCUGCCUUUCAUCACAAGGUGUUAUAAUCACCUGGAACAAGUCUGACCAGAAACUCUGUACCUACACAGUUAAUGGAAUCCCUAUUGCUACUGCAGUCCUAUCACCAUUUGUGGGUGACAUAAGCUGCAUAGAAGUUUCAGUUGAUGGAGAAAGUGCACUGAUUGGGGUGAGCUCAGGUGCUGUGGAUCCAGAAAGUCAGAAUGAUGUUUCAGAUGACAUGAACUUGGAAGUCCAUAAGAACGAAAGAGAUUCUUUCUAUCUGCAAGUGGAUGACGAAGAAGCACCUAGGUUCAGAGUUCCUGUACCGUCCAUAUGCUUCAUGGAUCUCCAUUCCCUUAAGGUGUUUCACACCAUGGAAUUAAAAGAAGGGCAAGAUAUUACUGCUAUGGCAUUGAACAAAGACAAUACAAAUCUCGUUGUCUCAACAGCAGACAAGCAGUUGAUGGUUUUCACUGACCCUUCAUUGAGCUUAAAAGUUGUAGAUCAGAUGCUUCGUCUUGGUUGGGAAGGUGAUGGCUUAAGUCCUCUCAUCAGAUAGAAACAUGGUUAUCCAAAUAUGAUGAAAGAGCAAGAUCGAGAUGGCUUCCAUAAGUGAUGCAACGUCACAUCUGCUGCUCUUACUGAUACCUCAUGUAUAUCAUUGACGAGGUCAGUUUUUGAAGCAUGGGCAUAUUUCAGUUUUCAUGGCUUUUUAUUAUGCCAUUUGUACAUACCUUUUUUUUUGGUUGGGGAGGGGGGGGGGGGACGGGGGGGAAUGGUUGUAUGUCUAGUAUAUAUAAUAUAUAUAUUCUUUCCCUGGGCUCAGUCUGUUGAGUUUUGGAAGGGGCUUUCUCCCCUUGAUCAACGAUAUGCUUGGGAGUCAAGUAAUCUCUACCUUGCGCUUUUCUGUAUUCUUUUCCUUUUUGGCUGUCUUCUCAUCCCUCUGUAUAUCCAUCUGAGGUUAGGGGAAGAAAUUCUAUUUUUAAGUUUAACCGAUCAGUUUGGGUGAUAUUUCAUGGUUA